UAAUACAUUAUCGUAGAAAUACAUUAGAGUAAUCAAUAAUAGCCACUUGUUUCGUAUGCUAACCACGAAAGCGACAUUUUUUUUACUCGGACGUGCCUACGUAUGAAUAGCCUACUUAAAACAGUCGGACUGCACUGGUAAUAGUCUACACGUGCCUGUUAGUUCCCUGGCAUAGCCUCUCCGCGUCAAAAAAAAAUUAUUAAUUAUUGCCGACAACCAACGGGCUAUCGUCAAACGUUUUCAGUGCAAACAGUGUGCGAUCAAUUUACACAAAAAUAUAGUUAACGUUGUCGCAAUCAGUUAUUCGUACAGUGGCGGAGUGAAUUACUUCUGAAACUCUAAAUAAAUAAAACCCUCGUUCUUAUGGAAGUAUCCGUCGAAAACUCGGAAAUCCGUUUACGAAGCAUAGCGGACGGGCUAUGUUCCGCCUACCCUUUAGUGUGGUUAAAAAACAACUGCCAGUGUCCGGAAUGUGCGUCCAAUACGUCUGGAGCCAGGAAACUUGUGAUAAGAGACCUGAAAUUUCACUCUACACCUGUUGAUUAUCGAGUUUCUAGUAACAAUGAAGGUGACGAACUUUACGUAAAAUGGGAUGACGGUCAUGAAAGUACUUAUGGUUUACAAUGGCUAUCGGUGAGAAAGUUUAAUGGCGGUCAACAACACCACUUGGAACAUCAGCGGCGAGUCAAAUGGACCGCUGAAACGUUUUCAUCUAUUUUACGGUCGUUUAAAUACGACGAUAUUAUCAAAAGAGACGAUACAUUGUUAACAUGGUUAGACUCAUUAGCAACAUACGGCAUCGCCAUAAUUAAAGACUGUGGGUUGGCUGAGAACCGUGUUAAGGAAUUAGCGGAAAGAGUAGGAUUUUUAAAAAGAACUCAUUAUGGAGAAACAUUUAGGGUUGAAGUGAACACGGAUGCAACCAAUUUGGCAUAUAGGUCUUCUUAUUUACAACUUCACACAGAUUUACCAUAUUACGAAUUUGCGCCAGGAGUUAUAUUAUUACAUUGCAUAGUUCAACCGGAAAACGCCGGCGGGGAAAGUGAAACCGUUGAUGGGUUUUACGUGUGUGAACUUAUGAAGGACAAAUAUCCGACACAAUACAAAGCUUUAUCGACUAUUCCAGUGAUGUGGACAGACCGCGGACAUGACAAUGGAUACAAUUUCCAUUGCGUUCACCAUUCGCCAAUUAUACGGGAAGACCAGCAAGGAAUGAUUAAACGGAUUAAAUUCAGUGAACAUCAAAGGGAUUCGAAAUUUCCCGUGACUUUAAAUAAUGUUCAUAUAUGGUACAAUGCAGUUGAAAAAUUCGUUAAGAUUGCAUACGAUAAUCAAGUCAUGUCAUCGUUUAAAAUGAAACCAGGUGAUAUUUUGACUUUUGAUAACCAUCGUUUAUUGCACGGCAGAAAAGGUUAUGAAGGAUCUAGAUUGUUAAUUGGUGGCUAUUUAGAUUGGGAUAUAGUUAACUCUAGAAUACGAGUUUUGAAGUCUCAAUUAAGCGAUCAGAUUUCUACAACAAGCUAAUAAAAUAAAAUAUAUAUUGUGUGUUCAACAUGCUAACUCUUACAACUAUACUAAUAGUGUAUUUAUGUUAUUUAUACACAUAAGCAUGAGACUCUAAAAAUUUAAAUAAAGUAUCAUUUAAAUUUAUUUGAAUGUAGACGCAAUAAAAACGUUAUAUUUUUAGCAUGUUAAAACAACACUAAUUUUAAGUAAGUCUUUAUUUUGUUAAUGUGGCUUAGUCAUACAUUGAACUUAUAUCAGAUAAUAAAACAUAAAUGAAUUAUUAACAAUCUAUUUAAGCAAUUAUUAACUUUGUAAAAAUAAAACUUAUUUUUAAUAGAAAAAAAUAAUGAAUAAACAAAAAACAACAAAAGUUCUUUUCGUGCAUAGAUUUUACAUGAUAUUUUUAAUUUUUUGGAAGUGCCAUUAAACCAAGUACUUUCCAGAAAAUCACAAAAACAUCAAAGAUUACAUUAAAAGAAUACUCAAGGGAUGCAAUAGGAAGACUUAUCAUUUCGACACCUAUCCAAAUACAGAACCUUAAAUAAAAUUUACAUAUCACUUUAAAAAUAAUUUUAUUAUUUAUUAAUAUGUUCUAUAUUAUAUUAUAUAAACAUGAUUUAAGUAUGUUUAUUUCUAUUUAUUUUAACGAAA